AUGUCCAAGCCUCUUGCCCACGCUUCCAUUGUCGCCCGUCGCUCCAGUGAGCGCGGGUACGCCGAACACGGCGGCUGGCUUAAGAGCUUCCACACCUUCAGUUUUGCCAGUUACUAUGACCACCGCUUCAACAACUUUGGCAGUCUGCGCGUUCUCAAUGAGGAUCGUGUAGCCGCCCGUAAUGGAUUCCCGACCCACCCCCACCGCGAUGCCGAAAUCUUCAGCUACAUCCUCAACGGCGAGCUCACGCACCGCGACAGCAUGAUCAAAAAGGGUGCGGAAGGCGCCCAGGGCAAGCAAUUCUACCGCAUGAAGCGUGGCGACGUUCAAUUCACCACUGGUGGAACAGGAAUCGCACACUCUGAACAAAACGAAUCCAACAAACCCGUCCACUUCCUCCAAAUUUGGGCUCUUCCCUGGAAACAUGGCCUCAAGCCCCAAUACCACACCCGCACAUUCGACGAAGCCGCCAAGCGCAAAGCAUUCGUCCCGAUCCUCUCCCCGCUGGCUGCCGGGCCCGAAGCAACCCCGGCCGAUGAGGAGGCCGCCGUCCCUAAGAUUCCAGAUACGAUUCCAAUUCACGCGGACUUUGUGAUGGGUGCGGGCAUCAUUGAACCCGGGCAGAAGUUCCAGUGGACCGUGGGUGCUGGCGAGGACGUGGUCAGUCGCAAGAAGAAGAGGAACGUCUAUGUGCAUUUGCCCAUGACGAAGAACGGCAAGGCCCAGAUCCGGUUGGAUCAUCGGGACGAGGCGGUUCUGAGCGAGGGUGAUGGAGCGUUUAUCACAGGGGUGAAUGCGGGUGAUGUGCUGAGUGUGGAAAGUGUUGGGGAUGCGGAGGCCGAGGUUAUUGUUCUGGAUAGUGACUAG